CAACUACAUAAGGAUUUGGAUCCACUAUUUGACAAAACCCUACCUCAAGUUAUUACCUGUGCGUGCAUCUGUAGGUGAAGCAGAUGGCCUGUCAAACUUCAUCUUUUUCACCAUUUGUUUCAAUCAUCUAACUUAAACUCAUCAGAUGAGAAACGCAUGGCAAUGAACAGCUGAGUUUUGACUAACCUUACAGCCUUCUCGGCAACUAUCAAUCUUACUAUCCAUUUUUAAUUACUCCAUUUUUCUUUUCUUUUUUUGCCUUUUCUUUUUUUUCCUUUUUUUAAGUCGUCACUACUCGCCUCUCACAACUCAAGCACCGCUCGUCCCGGUCUGGAUUCCUAGCUGAACUGAACUAGGUUAAAGUAGUUACCUGCUACUGUACUGCAUAGUAGUCCAACUGCACGAAAUUGUUUACUUGCAGCCUUAGGCUGUCGCCACUAAUUUCCUCCCUUUUUCUUUUCCCCUUCCCUUUUCUAACAACCUCCGCCAACUUAACAUACUUCUUCUUUUUCAACAACUUCAUAUCAUUCCUUUCAACAAAAGAAUAGACAUCUUGCGACUUGGCCUAGUGCCAACAUACCGUCGCGAUGGCCUGGUCUAAAACUACUAGGAUCAGCAUCAUGCUGGCCAUUGAUAUCGUCUUUUUUCUCAUUGAAUUGAUUACAGGCUUUCUGGUACACUCAUUGGCUCUCACUGCAGAUGCGUUUCAUAUGCUGAACGACAUCAUCUCUCUGAUUAUUGGUCUUUGGGCUGUACUUGUCGCCAAGAGAGCAACUACCAACAAAUUUUCCUAUGGAUGGGUCCGCGCUGAGAUUCUCGGAGCUGCUUUCAACGCCGUCUUUUUAAUCGCUCUUUGCAUCUCUAUUAUCCUCGAAGCUAUUACUCGGUUUAUCGAGCCCCAGGAAGUCUCGAACCCGAAACUCAUCUUGAUUGUUGGUUGCUGUGGAUUGACGUCUAAUCUUGUUGGGUUCUUGGUUUUGGGUGGACACGGACACGAUCACGGUCACGGUGACCAGUCCCACGAGCACGAACACGACCACGGACACGAUCACGUUCAUUCGCAUGACGACAUCGCUGCAGCUGAGGAGGGUAGAGUAACCGCGACCCAAGCAUUGUUAGACGAGAGUGGUUCAGUAGGAGAUGUCCUUCCCGAAGCAGCGAUCGCUCGAGCUCGCGCCGCAAAUGCAUCCCCCGAAACUGUUCGUCGUAUUCAGUUCGGCCGAUCCGAUAGCGGCCGAAAAUCAGGCCUUCACGAGCGAGGUGGCAGCCGCAGCUCUCUUCGGGGAAGAGAACGUCUACGUGCAGGCAGCCUUAAGCACAGCCGCCUAGCUAGCAUUGACGACUUCAGCAUCCACCCCGCCAGCUUCCGACAAGACAUUAUCGACCAUAGUAGAUCGAGUCGCAACGAGGAAGAUGCCGACGACAGCUCCAACGACGAUUCGACUACCGAUUCCUCCCGUGACGACUCAGCCGCGGAUGUGACUACACCCCUACUUGGGAAUGAGCGUGGUGUUGCGACUGACAAGGGAACUAUACAAAAGGACAAGCACGUCAGCCGAUCUCGGAGCUCUCAUCAUCAUCACGCUAGACGUGAUUCUGGAGUUCAUAGAGAGCAUCAUCAUAGUAGACCGAAAUCCAAGUCGACAGCCAAGAGUCACGGCCACAGCCAUGCUGAUAUGGGAAUGAAUGCUAUGGUCCUCCACGUAUUGGGAGAUGCCCUUGGCAACGUUGGUGUCAUCGUUUCGGCUUUAAUUAUCUGGCUCACCAACUGGUCCGGCCGGUUCUACGCUGACCCGGCUGUCUCCUUGUUCAUUACCCUCAUUAUUCUCAAAUCUGCUAUUCCCCUUACCAAAGCCACUGCGCAAGUACUCCUCCAAGCCACACCCGAUCAUAUCAACCUCCAAGACAUCAAGGAAGACAUACAGGCUCUCCCCGGAGUAGUCAGCUGCCAUCACGUUCAUAUCUGGCAGCUUUCCGACACCAAGGUUGUUGCGUCCUUACACGUGCAGGUUGCCUUUGCCAUCACGGACGAAGGGGGAGAGAAAUACAUGAAGCUUGCCAAGCAAGCGCGGAAGUGUCUCCAUGCUUAUGGUAUCCACAGUGCCACAAUCCAACCCGAAUUUUGUAUGGACCAGGACUGCAUCCCCAUCGAUGAUGGCUCAAUGACUCUCGAUGGCCAGGCAUCACCGCGCCUAGGAGGUGAUGUCUGUCUUUUGGAAUGCGUGGACGACUGCGUGGGUCAGGGAUGCUGUUCGCUACCAGGACAUGGGCAUCCCGAUUCCAAGCCUGGAUCAACUCAUGGAUCAACUCACGGAUCAAGCCACUCGGCCCACGACAAUCACGGCCAAGGCGGUGAGCAUGACCAUGACCACGCUCAUGACCACGACCAUGGCCAUGAUCAUGGGCAUACUCAGUGAGAACGUGUAUUUAUACUUUUGGUCAUGCAUGUGGCACUUUCAACAUCGGUUGGUUGCAUCAGGUAUCUGGGAUUGGCGUGCGGGAUAGAUACAAUUACUUGCAUGCCUGUCUCUGGGCUGAUAGGAUUUCUUUUUGUCAUUUAUUUUAGGGGCUUGUAACAGUGCAUGGUGGCGUUAUGGCAAAAUGGAACUGAGUGAACUAGGCUUAGAAGUGUAUGCUUAUUUGCAAUACAUUGCAUAUUUGGCUGCGGGCUAGAAUAGGUCUUCCUAGUAGGUGUGUAGGAGGUAGCGUAGUAAAAUGGUUAAAAAAUAUCAAAUGUGUAGGUAUGAAUCCAAAUGAAGACUCCAUUAGUUAUUGUUCAA